AUGGCAGUAUGCAGCACAUUAUGGCAGUUAGCAGUGCAGCACGUAUGGCAGCAUGCAGCACGUAUUGCAGUUAGCAGUGCAGCAUGUAUGACAGCAUGCAGCACCUUUCCUAAGCCCGCCGAGAGGCCAUAUCUGUCAGAGGCUGGCCCAGAUGCAUUGGACUAUUUAUACCAUCUAAGAAAAUAUGAGUUAACCCUAGUAGAGCCUAGCAUUCAGGUUCAAAAUCAAGUUGAAUUAACACAGUCAGAUCUUGUGAAAGAUGGACUCAAUAUACUACUUGCAAUUCCUUCAAGGACUUUCCAAUUUGAAAGGGAAACUUCAUCCUUCCAUGUAAACUGUAAUAUUCACUACAAGGGAACAUCACCAGAGAUGUUAAGCCAGAGCUUAGCACCCCUAGCUGAGGCUGGCACUCAGUACUGGCAGCUUAGUCAAUUUGCAGUGCAGCGCUCGUUAGACUCGAUGUACACCGGGGGUCUGACAUUACAAGCAUUUUGUAGUGGCAUACGCACCUUCCUACAGUUGUAUAGUUCACGAGUGUUAACUGUGCCGUGGAAUAGUCAUUCCACUAUUAGUAUGGUCCGACAUGCUUUCAGAGAAUUCAUCGCCCAGCUAAGAUAUUUAUGGAUGUUCUGUAUGUGCCACAGAAGGAGGUUUGGCAGACCUGGAGAUCCCGGAGAUCCUCUCCCUACUGGAAUUCAACUGCUCUCCUACAUUUACCAGGAAGCCCUGGAUUGUUGCAAGUCCCAGAAUUACAAAGUGAUAUUGGCACUGCUUCGGACUACUUGCGGGCCGUAUCUCAUGUUUAUUCAGGACUGGAUCUUCAAUGGCAUCUGCCGUGAUGGGUAUGGAGAAUUUAUGAUCACAGCCAACGAUGAGUAUCUUCAAUACAGAGACAAGUACUAUUGGACACAUGGUUAUGUCAUGAAUACAGAAAAUAGUAGCAGCAGUGUCCCAAUGUUCCUGCAGGAACUAGCCAAUGGUAUGUAUGUGUGUGGAAAGACUCUGAAUUUGAUGAAGCUAUGCUGUCCUGGGCAUUUUUUAUGCAACAAUCAUGUGCCAAUUCCACGACUCACUCUGACGUUCUCUCUGGAAGAGUUAGAACGCAUUGAUAAGGAGACGCAUGUUUACACGGAGCGAAUGCACAACAUAGCCCGACGCAACACUGUGUCGAAGGAGGAAAAGGAAACUAGGUUGGAGAAGGCACGAGAAGAUCUGCUGAUCCAAGCAAGACGGACUGCUGUAGAUGAAUUGAAUAGAAUAAGAGGUGAGAUGAAGCAAGUUAAAGAGGCAGCAGAUGAAAAGAAGAGGAAAGAAUUAAAGGAGUUAAAGGAACAAAUGCAGCGAGAUCUGGUGAGACGUGCAAUGAAAAUUGAGGAAGAAAAGGAGACAGACCGAAAGGAGAUUGAGGAGCAGGAUCGUAUUGAGAAGGGAAUUGCGGACAUAGAAGGAGAGUUGGAGAGUAAGGCAAGGUGUGCUCCAUUUUUUAAUACAUUAACUGUUUAUUUUGUUCAACAAAGGUGGAGAUUUAUACAGAAAUUACUUUAUCAAGAUAUUGGUGGAAUGGAGAGGAAGCAAGAGGCUGUAGUAAAAUCUGGACAAGUAUAUCGUGGAAGGGGUUUGAAUGUUGUUGGUCAUCCCUCCGAUUCUUCGGCAGGAAAGCUCUUGUAUGGUGAAAGUAACGUUCAACCGCUAGACUUAAAAGUUCAUGAGGAUGCAAAAGGAGAAAUUGAAGAUGGCUUAGUUCUACCACUCUCAGAGACAUUCAAGCCAUUUGAGGACGAGUUCAACCAAACAUGUUCAUUACCCUCCGUUGACUUGCUAGCGAAUGCUGGUAUCAUGCCAAUAUCAAUGGAGCUUGGUAACUAUGGUAUUUCUCAUAGGGACACAUCAAACGAAGCUGCUCAUCUUUUGUCCCUUCCAGCGAUAUUGAGGCAGUCAAUCAUAGCGCCACUAAAUCUGGCUCAAGGGCUUAGGCCAGGUGAACUGUUUACACCUAUGGUACUGAACCAGAUCUUAUCCAAAGCUAUCCAGCAAUCUCUCAACAGACGGUCAACCCAUGCUGAUAAGCUCAGCUUCUCACUAAAAUGGCUGCCAAACAUGUUCAAACCCAAUGCAAUUGAUAGUUUGGAUGGCUUGGAACUUAAAUUCAAGAUUGACUGGCCAUGUAAUAUUGUAAUCACCACUGGGUGCUUGGAAAAGUACAACCGUGUGUUUUCAUUUAUGUUACAAUUGAAGCGUGCAUCAUGGGUGUUGAGGGAUAUAUACUUCCAGCUAAAAAGAAGUGCAUUAAUUCAUCAUGCUGGCAACUCGGCACAGUUCCGACAGCUGCAGCUGUUCAGACAUGAGAUGCAACACUUUGUAAAUGUAAUGCAAGGUUACAUUGCAAACCAAGUGGUCAACGUCAGCUGGGAAGAGUUCAAAGGUCAAUUGAAAACAGAUGUUCAGAGUUUAGAUGAUCUUCAUAAUAGGCAUGUGGAGUACCUCAACAAAGCCCUUUUCAGAUGUUUACUUAACAAGAAGGCAGCACCAGUGAUGAAGAUCAUCACCAAGAUCUUCUGUUUGAUUCUGAAGGUGUGGACUCAGCUGGUGUCUUCGCGCUGGUACUAUGAUCCUGAUAUCCAUCAAGUAGUCCACCCAGCAUUUCACACUGUUAGGUCUUCUUACUCGGCCUUCAAGGAGUACUCUGGCUUUUUGUACAAAGGUGCAGGGGUGGUUGCAGGGGAAAUGACCCCCAAAGGAAAGAGAGAAGGGAAAAAGAGAAGGGGAAACGAGAAGGGGAAACGACCCCCAAAGAAGGAUAGGGGGAAAAAGAGAGGAGAAAAGAGGUGA